GCAAGAAAGGGAGGAUCCGGGUGUGAGGGUCGAAGAGAUUGUGGAUGAAAAUGAAGAAGUGAAUCAACGGAUAAAGGCGGGGACUAUGAAGGAGGAGCCUAUAGUCGUUGAGUCAGACGAUGAGGCGCAGGAGGUGGUAAGAGAGUCGGCCUUGACCAUCCUGGAAACGAUGGAGGACCUGCUGGCGAAGGUGGGCAGGUACCAGGAACAGUUGAGGGUGAUGUGUGAGGAGACCCGAGAGUGGGAAAUGAACCUCCCUGAAGUGAUGCUCUAUGGGUCCGGCCCGGAGUCGUCAUCAGGACCGCAGGGAUGCCCAAGUGUGGCAACAGCCGGAGCAGGUCCUAGGUCAGGGAUGACCUUCAGGCCCCCUACGUCGCAUGGAGGGGUGCCACAGGCCUCGCAGACUAGGGGCCAAAGUAAGGCUACCGCUAGUCAAGGGCCCAGCCAGGCACCUGGUCAGGCGCCUCCUCGAAGGGAACCUGAGCCGGAACGAAGGAAAGAAGUGGUGGAGGUUCAGGAAGAGGAAGAUGAGGGUGAUAACGAAGAGGAUGAGAGGCUCCGCCAGGAAGAAGAUCGGCGAGUUGAGCAGAGGGCCAAGAAGAGAGGGAUUCAAGGAGGGGCGGAGCCGAGCCUGCACGAUGGCGUGCCAAAAAGGAAGAAGUACGCAGUUCGGCUGGAGGAGGGCUUUGACGUGGAGCGAAUGGUGGACAAGCUCCUGGAGGGCCACAAUGAUUUGAUGAAUCUAAAGGACAUCUUGGCGUCGGCACCAAGGCUCCGUGGUGAACUGAAAGGGCGGCUCUCACGAAGGUUAGUACCCAACGUCCACCUGAGCUCAAUUAUGCCCAAGGAGAUAGAGUGGACAGAGGCGGGCACCAAGAUGGACUGGAAAUGUGUGGCAUGCGGAUUGGUGGAUCUGAAGGUGAGAGACCAGCCGAGCAUCGCAAUGGUGGACACGGGCGCUGAGAUGAAUAUCAUCCAGGAGCGGGACGCGACCAUGCUAGGGCUGGAGGUUGACCAUUCGGACCAUGGCGUGCUGCAUGGUGCCAACUGUAAGGCGAUUUUCUGCGGCACCGCGUCCAACGUGAUGGUGGAAAUUGGGAGGGUAAGGAUGCGAAUGUGCUUCUUCGUCAUGCCCGAUGUCGACCACCCUAUCCUUCUGGGGAGGUCGUUCCUUUGUCGAACGGAGACUUUGGUCUUCAAUAGGCAUGAGGGGACGAUGAUCCUGGCCUUAUCUGAUCCGGCCUGCGGGAACUACGAGAUCAUCAAGUGCCGGAACACAAGAACCGGAAGUGGGAGAAACAGGCUCAACCUCGGUUCCUUUACCUUCGAGGAAUCUGAGUACGAGCGACGGAGACUCCGGGAGGAACAGGAGGAGGAAGGAGCAGGCGAGGCAGGGCCGUGCCGUAUUAAUGAUGAGAAUGAUGAGGGGCUGAUAAUUGACGAGUCUGGCUUCCUUUCGCCCCAGGAGAGGACCUUGAUGGUGGAGACCAUGAAGAGGAGGCAUUGCGCGUAUGCAUUUAAUGAAGACGAGUAUGGGAGGUUGGACGUGGAUAAGAUCCCAAUGAUACGAAUCCAUACCGUCCCACACGAGCCGUGGAAUCUAAGGGGCGCGCGAUAUCCAAACCCAGAUGAGGAGAAGAAGGUGGUGGACUAUUUGGACAGGAAAAUGCGGACGUACGUGGCAGACUACUCCAGUGGGCCAUAUGCCUCCCCUUGGUUUUGUUUUAUCACGCCGAACGGGACGUUACGGUGGGUGCAGGAUUUGCAACGGUUGAAUGCGGUGACGGUGCGGGACGUGGGAGGAUUGCCGAACGCGGACGCCCUGUCAGAAUCAUGCGCAGGAAGACCUAUAAUCUCGCUUAUAGACCUUUAUUCUAGGUAUGACCAGUUUCCCGUGUACCCGCCGGACAGGCCGGUGACGGCAAUGCAUACGCCAACGGGGCUGAUCCACAUGAAUGUAGCCCCUCAGGGGUGGACUAAUGCGGUGGCGAUGGUGCAAAGGCACAUGAUCAGGGCCAUGCAGACAGUUAGUCCACAUAUUACCCAGCCCUACAUCGACGAUCUGGCGGUCAAGGGUCCAAAGGAGAAGGAGGAAGACGAAGUGAUGUCAGGGGUGAGACGGUUUGUUUGGAGGCAUAUCCAGGAUAUCGAUCAGGUUUUGGGUCUGCUAAAAGAGCAUAAUUUGACGGCGAGCGGCCCCAAGUCAAAGCACUGUAUGAGGGAGGCCACAAUUUUGGGCUUUGUCUGCAAUGAGAAGGGGCGGAGGCCAGAUGUGAAGAAAACGGACAAGAUCCUAGAGUGGUCAGUCCCCUUUCAGUCGAUAACGGACGUGAGAAGCUUCAUUGGGACCUGUGGAUUUUUUAGGAGUUUUGUGAAGGACUUCGCCACCAAGACGGAGCAUUUGAGGAAGCUGGUGCGUCAUGAGCAGGAAUGGGUCUGGGGGGAAGACCAGGAGAGGGCUGUGGAAAGGAUGAAGGGGGAGUUCAAGGAAGGAGGCUUGGUGCUGGGAGCGCCAAAUUAUGAGGCCACGGAGGAAAGGCCAUUCGUUGUCGAGACGGACGCUGGGCCAACUGCCUUAGGAGGGGAGUUGGACAUACCAGGAGAGACGCCAUUCCGGAGCUUAGCGACUCACCUUGAUGUAUCUCGAUGGGAGGCCUCGCGGUUGGGGGAGGGCUCAAUUGAGCCGGCGCGCUAUGUGCCUUUGGAGGAGCCUUUGGACCCCGAGACAGAGACGGACAUGGGAGACCGAGAGGGGCCGCAGGAUCCUGGAAUGGCAGCCGAGAAGUCGGAGCUGGUACGGCCUCAGGGCGGGGAGGUGAUCACGAUCGGAGACGAUACCCAUCCAUGCUCCCCAGUUCCGGAGCCAGCGCAGCAUUCAUGGCCAGAGGGGAUUCCUGAGCCAGGCAGCGAGGAGAUUCCGGAGUUUCCCCCAGAGACCACUGCGGUGCCUGAGCAGGAGGCAGAGAUGGAGGAGCAGGGGGCGGGUGAGGGAGCGAGGACGAAGGCGAUUCACGAUUUACCCUCCGCUGAGAUGGAGGCAGCAGGGAUAGAGCUGACACCGCCGGUCAAGCCCAAGACAAGCAAGCAGAGGAUCGACGAGUUGUGGGCCAUAUAUGAGUGCCAGAGGGAUGCAGCCUGCCAGAGGUCACAAGAGAAGGGACAGGCGGACGAAGAGGCGGGUGAGCUAAGAGAGAUGGGGGACUCGGGGUUCUCUGCGACUAGGAUGGCGAUCGAGCUCGGGGAUAAGAGGAUGCGCGAGGUGGCGGUUACAUCGUUCCAGCGGUAUAGCCUACUCAACGACGAGCUCACGGCUAGGAGGUUGGAGGUGGAGCACCUGACUACUCAGCUUGCCGAGGAGGGGGCGAGGAGCCAGGCUAAGGAGGUCAAGUGGGAAAGGAGAUUUGGGGAGAUGGCAGCCAUUGUGGACAGGCUCUCGGCAGCCUGGGAGGCUAGUCAGACAGGACCAGCUGGUGCCGAUGGCCAGGGCCGGGGGACGCACGCUUCGUCGAGUCGGGGGGCAGCGGUGGAGGCCCCUCGGCAGGACGGGCCAAUGGGGGAGGUGCCCUUGGAUACGACCGAGAAGGAGGGUGGCGCACAGGAGUCGCUUAUGGCUAUGUCCACGGAGAGGAGAGGCUCGCGUUUGCAUAAGCUGGCGGUAGCCAUGGGGGUAGGUACUCCACAGGAGAGGCCUCAGAGACUCGACGCUCCAGAGUAUGCCCCGAGGUUGGGAGAACUGAGGGCGGAGCUGGGCUCCUGGGCCACAGAGACGAACUCAGGAGGGCCUGACUCAGGGCGGCAGCAGCAGCAGGAGAUCAUGAGUGAUUCCACCGCCAUAGUGGGCUCUCAGCCGUCAGGAUCAUGUGGGGAUAAGGCGGUGAUGGUGAUAGAGAGGCCUCAUGAGGAGGGACCCCGAGAGUUGGACAUGCCAGAUUGCAGGCCAUUGAGCACAGCCGUACGAGAGGGUGAGGGUGCAGAGGCUAUGGAGCCCGGACCUCAGGGCCAUAUGGGAUCGCCCUCAUGUCAUGAGGUGACCACUGAGACUAUGGGGACGCCUUCAGCAUCGAGUUCCCAGGGGAGAAAGAAGAAGACUGGCAGGUGGCACGAUACCUCCUGCUUUUGGUGCAAGGAGAAAGGGCAUAGAGCCGUGGACUGCCCAGAACUCCUCGAGGAUAAAGCCGAGGGGCGAGUUGCGGAGUUCAACGGCAAGUUCUAUGACAGGCAGGGCAGGAUAGUGGAGCGGGCUCCAGAUGGGGGCAGGGCUCGGUUAUAUAGGCAGAACCAGGAGAAAUUGUAUAAGUAGCGACUGGUCUGUCUAUGUGUCAGUAGGGUCUGAGUAUUUGGCACACAGGGGGCGGGCUGAAGGUGUACAUAUGUCUAGCUGACUGAGGGGGUCCUAGAUGUGUGCACACUUUGGAGGUGGUAGGAUGAGUCCCUGCCUGCUUAUACAUACAUAGUUGAUUGUGCUUUCCUUGAGCUUUUCUUUCAUAGGCUACGACUUAGAGCAUGAGGGUUGGUCGUAGGACACAUGGGACUAUUCAGUCUAUUUUUGGUUUCGCGAUGUAGAGACUAUUUGAGUUUGAGGGAGACUUGGGUAUGAGUUUUCCCUAG